AACGCGUCCACCGAAUUUAAACGCAAUCUCAGCUUCCAUCUGGGCAUAAUUGUGGGCUACGAUGGGACCGCCAGUCCCACUGAUCGUCCACCCUGGCUGCAAGUUGCUCCCUUCGUGCUGGUCACUAACCGAGAACGCAUUCUACCCCUCAUUAUCGAUCCCAACCGAUUUACUGAACAAACGACCGACACCUGCUCGAAAGCCUGUGAAGUGGCCCUCACUGAUGUUGAGGCGGCUGUUGAACACCCGCCCUGUCUACCCUACCACACUUGUCUUUCAUUGGUCAACAUGGAUUCACCGCUGCGUGAGACCCUCGGUGUAGUGCCAAUCACCAUACACCAACCUCUCAGGUGA